AUGGAUUCCGUCGAUCGCCCCUCACAAUUACUUCAGACUUUACCUGAGGAUAGUGCGGAGGGUCCAGGUACACCACCACAAGUGUUGGAGCCUGAGGUACCGGACCCGUUCAUAAUUGAAGGCUCGGAGGGCGUCUUGUCCGAAGGCGAGGAUGCCUCAUCUGACGUUGAAGGUGUUUCACCCGAGGGUGAAAGUGUUCCCCCUGCAGAUGAAGAGAUUGCGCUCGCACAACCAGCGCCUUUUACGCCAUCUGAAGUACCCCCCUUGAUACUUUCCCCCAAUGUCAACAAAGACGUACCCCCGCCUCCUGCGAGCGAAGCCGAGUCUGAGGCACCCGAAUUGUAUCUUCCUGGGCUCACCAUGCCUACUAUGUUCUUACCCAUCCCAAACACGGACCCUCUAAAUAUUCUCCUCACCAAAUAUGUAUCCCCGCUUGAGAAGCGUCCUGUACGAGAUGUCACUGGCGAAUGGCAAGAUUCUGAUUUUCACUCCAUGGUUAUGUCAAACAGCUGGCGUGCGCUUGCUAGAAUGGCGCGAGAUCGUCUAGUAACUUGUAAUCCUGAGGACCUCAUUCGUGUUCUCGAUCUCUGGUCUCUGCGCCUGUCAAGCCUUGCUCGUCUCCGCCUCUACAACCAAACGUCCGCUGAGUGCACCAACCUUUUCGCAGUGCUCAAUGCCAUAGAACCUCCGUCCGCCCGAGAAUACCUAUUCGACCGCGUCCUUCCCUUUGAGCUCGAGGUCAUGCACGCACGCCUCAAAUACUGGGCAGGCGACCCCAUGGGCUAUCUGGAUAUUCUUUACGCUUUGCUUAAGAAGUGUAAGCUUCAAGCUAAGAGUUCAAAAGCUGAGGGCGACGACUCCAGCUUGUCGAUGUGGCUUGAGCGCGCUGCACGGAUGUGCCUGAUCAUCGCGUCGCAAAUGAUCGAGAUGAAGGCAUGUCUGUCUGAAGACUUUACUGCUGCAACGAAACUCUUGGAGCCACUGUUCGCACAACGUACUGGACAACAACCCUCCCCUGCCAUCCGGUCUGCCGUGGGUCGCAUUUACUUGCAGAGUGGUUACCUCGCACAGGCUGUGACCCACUUUACUGUCGUAGAGGGCGAUGCUAGUGCCCCGCAGACACUCAAAGAUAUGAAUGCUGCCUUGCUCGCGUGUGCUGAGGGAAACUGGACGCGGGCGGAUGAACUGCUCCGAGCCCUCGUGCAGGCAGAGCCGGAUAACUUUGUGGCGAUCAAUAAUCUAUCAGUGGCACUUCUGAGUCAGGGAAAGCUUAAGGAGAGUAUCGAAGUCCUUGAGGCUGCACUGCAUAGCUCCCCAUCGGCCGUCGUGGUAGCAGAACCGUACCUCUUCAAUCUUUCGACGCUCUACGAGCUUCACUCAGCCACAGCUGCAGAGAAAAAACGUGACCUUUUGAUCGAGGUGGCGAAGUGGAGUGGAGAUGGACUGAAGACGACAUGCUUGAAGAUGCCGUCUACAUGA